CCGAUCAUUGCGCUGCUGGCCACUCUAUUCUUUAUUCCUUUGCUAACAACUUUUUGUUUUCUCUUUGCUUAAUUGUUUUUUUAACUACAACAACUUUCACAACAAAAAAACAUAAAAUAGUUCACUUUCCUGAAUCUUGAGCCUUUUUAUUAUUAUUUUUGUACUAGUUGCUACUAUCUAUUUGGAAUCUCAAACUUCAAAUUCUCAUUCAUUUCAUUUCAUGCAAAUUCUCUGCAUUUUUGUACUUCUUUAUUCUCAUCAAAUCCAACACACGGCAAGUUUAAAGCAAGUUUCAUAGCUUCUGAGCUCUCUCAUGAAUCCUUGUGCUUCCUUUUUUAUUCCUUCCAGCAGGAAAAUAUGAAGGAUGGAAGAGGUUACAUUGAAUUCAAUUGUCAAUAUCUUAUGCGUUACAGUAAAAAAAUUCUCCAUGAAGUUCUACUCACCUUCAUUGCAAGUUUUCCUUUUCACCAUUAUUAUUCUUUCUCCUCUAGUUAUUGCUGACCUGAAUUCCGACAAGCAAGCCCUUCUUGAUUUUGCUUCUGCCAUCCCUCAUCGUCGCAACCUUAAGUGGGAUUCAGCUACCUCAAUAUGUACAGCUUGGGUAGGCAUCACUUGCAAUCCAAACCAGACUCGUGUUGUUUCAGUCCGGCUCCCUGGAGUUGGACUAGUAGGCACCAUUCCAGCCGAUACACUCGGAAAAAUUGACUCACUCAAAACUAUCAGCCUUCGCUCCAACCUACUCAGUGGAAGUCUACCUCCUGAUAUUACUUCUCUUCCGUCGCUACAAUAUCUCUACCUUCAACAUAAUAACCUUUCAGGCGAAAUACCUACCUCAUUGUCACCACAACUAAACACACUUGUUUUGUCAUACAAUUCUUUCACCGGUAGCAUUCCAAAGACAUUGCAAAACUUAACACAAUUAACUAGAUUGAGCCUCGAGAACAACUCGCUAUCAGGACAGAUACCAGAUCUUCAUGUCGAGCUUAAACAUUUGAAUUUAAGCUACAACCAUUUGAAUGGCUCUAUCCCUGCAAAUCUUCGUAGUUUCUCGAGUUCUUCCUUCGAAGGGAAUGCUCUCUUAUGUGGAUUGCCUCUAAAGCCGUGCUCUGUAGUCCCUCCUUCAUCUCCUCCUCCUGCAUUGGCUCCUGUAAGACACAAGUCCAAAAAUAAACUGAGUAAAGCAGCUAUCAUUGCAAUUUCGGUUGGUGGAGCCGUGCUAUUGUUGCUAGUAGCUCUUGUCGUUGUUCUUUGUUGUUGUUUAAAGAAAAAAGAUAAUGGAAGUUCUACUGCAAGAGUAAUUAAAGCAAAGGGUCCUAGUGGUGGAAGGACCGAAAAACCGAAAGAAGAGUUUGGAAGUGGCGUGCAAGAAUCAGAGAAAAACAAAUUGGUUUUCUUUGAGGGUUGUUCUUAUAAUUUUGAUCUUGAUGAUUUGUUGAGAGCUUCGGCGGAGGUUCUUGGAAAGGGUAGUUAUGGAACUGCAUAUAAAGCUAUCUUGGAGGAGUCAACAACGGUUGUAGUGAAAAGGUUGAAAGAAGUUGUGGUUGGCAAGAGGGAAUUUGAACAACAGAUGGAGAUUGUAGGAAGCAUUGGACGGCACCCCAAUGUCGUUCAGCUUCGCGCUUAUUAUUAUUCGAAGGAUGAGAAGCUUUUGGUUUGUGACUAUUUCCCAAAUGGCAAUCUAUCUACACUCUUACAUGGUACUAGGACAGGUGGAAGAACUACAUUAGAUUGGAACACGCGAGUAAAAAUCACCCUCGGAAUCGCGAGAGGAAUUGCUCACUUACAUUCAGUUGGUGGUCCAAAAUUCACACAUGGAAAUGUGAAAUCCUCCAAUGUCCUCCUAAACCAAGAUAAUGACAGCUGCAUUUCCGAUUUCGGACUGACACCAUUUAUGAAUGUUCCUGCGACCCCUUCUAGAGCCAUAGGCUACCGUGCUCCUGAGGUGAUUGAAACUCGGAAGCACACUCAUAAGUCAGACGUGUAUAGUUUUGGUGUCCUACUUUUGGAAAUGCUUACAGGGAAAGCACCACAACAGUCUCCGGUACGCGAUGACAUGGUUGAUCUCCCUAGGUGGGUUCAGUCUGUUGUUCGGGAGGAGUGGACUGCUGAGGUUUUCGAUGUCGAGCUAAUGAGGUACCAAAACAUUGAAGAAGAGAUGGUGCAAAUGUUGCAAAUUGGAAUGGCGUGUGUUGCGAAGGUUCCAGAUAUGAGGCCUAACAUGGAGGAAGUGGUGAGAAUGAUUGAAGAAAUUCGGCAAUCUGACUCGGAUAACCGACCGUCUUCCGACGAGAAUAAAUCUAAGGAUUUAAAUGUUCAAACUCCAUGAUCAACUCUAAUGCCCUUUUUGUUUCCUGUGUUCCAAGCAAGGUGAUUUAUUGAAACUUUUUGUUUAGGAAGUAACAUUCAAUGGGAUAUAAAAGAACAUGAAACACUUCUCUCAGAUUGAGUUACUUCAAUUAUUUUGUUUAGUUGGAAAGUUUUAAUUUUCUUGGAAUUCUGAUGUAUUAGAGUUGUGAUUUAAUUGAUUGAUGAUCUUCAUUCAAGAACAAUUGAUCUUCUUGAAUUGUUGUUAGUACCACCAAUAAAUGUCUAUUUGCAUGAA